ACAAAUUACAAUUUACUCAAAUCGUUCUUGUCUUCUGAGUUGUAACCUAUAAAGUAGUUAUUAAUAUACAGUACUGGUGCUCUGAAAUUAAUCAAUAAAAGUUAACAAAAAACAGAAUGAGUGACUUAUCAGAUUUCUCUAUGGAUAAAGGUGGAGAUUCUGAACUCCAAGAUUUUCUGAUAGCCGAAAAGCAAAAAGCUCAGUUUAAUGCUCAGAUACAUGAAUUCAAUGAUUUCUGUUGGGACAAAUGUGUUGACAAGCCUGGGGCCAAGCUAGACUCGCGCACAGAAACAUGCAUCAGUAAUUGUGUUGAAAGAUUCAUUGAUGUUUCCUUGCUAAUCACCAAUAGAUUUGCCCAAAUGCUUGAAAAAGGUGGAGGCAUGCAGUAGACAAAAGUUGUUUAUAUUGUUUUAAUGUUAUAUAAUUCCUUUAACUCAAUUAUUUGUCUUAAAAUGUUGACCUUACUGAAUAAAGAAUGUUUACUUAUGUUUUUAAAUAAAGAACAUCAAUUUUAUGUUGGUUACGCAUUUUAAGAGUGUAUUUUUAUAGAUUAAACUAGAAAUAAAGAAAGACAAACUUA